CAUAGGCUGUGCAUUCACAGCGGCCGCUACAACUGAAUCGCAUCCCUUCCACGUGGACCUCACAAUCGCGACAGGGUACCACGCACGCGUUCAAGGAUGCAAAGUGAAGAUCGUCAGACUUCCCCCCGAUCCAAGCCCGAACGAUCUAAUUGCGAUAAACACUCAUCCAAGAUUUGCUUUCCAACCAAGCCAAAACAAACUUUCACGCCCUCCAGCAAAUCCGGUGAAUCAAACUAAUAAACAAACUUUGGAAAAAACCCCUCCAAAAGCAGCCUAGAAGCACGAAAACGAUACAAUGUACUCUCCCUCAGCAACCAUCACAAACCGUCCACUCGCCCAAAACCCACAAUUUGAUAUUUUCUCACCGACGAUCCAGACCGGAAGGGGAAACGGUCGCUCGCCAACCCCUCGACCAGCGCGCCGAAUACAUCCCGCCCAAGUACCAAACUUGGCAAGCCCGCUUUUUUUUUUACCCAACUCGACUGCAACCACGCUCCUUCGCAGUUGCCCCUCCUUACCGCAUGUAGCCCGACGCACAGGACAAGAAAACAAGUUUGGCAAGGCCAUGCGCCGAAACAGAAACAGGAACACUGAAAUGCACGGAUUAGGUUUAGAAGGGGGAAGGAUAAAAACGGGUAGCCCGUGCCGCACGGCUGCUGCGGUUCUUCUUUUGCCUGGUUUGGGGCAUAGUCGCCGACGAAAAAGGAUGGGACGGGACGAAACAGCGAUGAGGGGGAGGGGAAUGGGAUCGAGAUCAACGGUUGUGGUAGUCAUUGACGUGUGCACGCUAGACGGUCAAACGCUGUCGUUGGGGGUUUUUUUUUGUUUCGCUGUGGCUAGCUGACUAGCUGGGCUGGCUAGCUGGUACUGUAGUCGUUGUUGUGUGGUAGUUGUGUGGUACGGAACUGGACGGACGGGCGCGCCGUCUGUUUCUGCCUGCUUGCUGGAAUCAAGUCCGCGUCGUGCCCACUUUCCCAGAGACAGCGUGACGGUAUUCCAUGGU